CCUCCGGAAGCUCCUUUCCCGGAAGGCAGGGAGGCGUCGCCGGCCUCCCGGGGCGGCCUCGGCGAUGGCGACUGGGCCGCGAGAACGCUCUCCUUAGUCCGGGGAGACGCGCCGCUACAGAAUGGCAUCGGUCGGGCCGGCUGCGCCGGGGGAGCAAGACCAAGGGGCUGAGACCGAGCCGGGCUCCGCGGGGUCGCCGCCGUCGCCGUCCCCUCUGGGGCCCCUGCUUCCCCUGCAGAGGGAGCCGCUCUACAACUGGCAGGCGACCAAGGCGUCGCUGAAGGAGCGCUUCGCCUUCCUCUUCAACUCGGAGCUGCUGAGUGAUGUGCGCUUCGUACUGGGCAAGGGCCGUGGCGCCGCCGCUGCCGGGGGCCCGCAGCGCAUCCCCGCCCACCGCUUCGUGCUGGCGGCGGGCAGCGCCGUCUUCGACGCCAUGUUCAACGGCGGCAUGGCCACCACGUCAGCAGAGAUCGAGCUGCCGGACGUCGAGCCCGCUGCCUUCCUGGCGCUUUUGAGAUUUCUUUAUUCAGAUGAAGUUCAAAUUGGUCCAGAAACAGUUAUGACCACCCUUUAUACUGCUAAGAAAUAUGCAGUUCCAGCCUUGGAAGCACAUUGUGUGGAAUUCCUUACCAAACAUCUUAGGGCAGAUAAUGCCUUUAUGCUUCUGACUCAGGCUCGAUUAUUUGAUGAACCUCAGCUUGCUAGUCUUUGUCUAGACACGAUAGACAAAAGCACAAUGGAUGCAAUAAGUGCAGAAGGGUUUACUGAUAUUGACAUAGAUACACUCUGUGCAGUUCUAGAAAGAGACACACUUAGUAUUCGAGAAAGUCGACUUUUUGGAGCUGUUGUACGCUGGGCAGAAGCAGAAUGUCAGAGACAACAAUUGCCUGUGACUUUUGGAAACAAACAGAAAGUUCUAGGAAAAGCCCUUUCCUUAAUUCGGUUCCCACUGAUGACGAUUGAGGAGUUUGCAGCAGGUCCUGCUCAAUCUGGAAUUUUGUCAGAUCGUGAAGUGGUAAAUCUCUUUCUUCAUUUUACUGUCAAUCCUAAACCCAGAGUUGAUUACAUUGACCGACCAAGAUGCUGCCUCAGAGGAAAGGAAUGCAGCAUCAAUAGGUUUCAGCAAGUAGAGAGCCGUUGGGGUUACAGUGGAACGAGUGACCGAAUCAGGUUUACGGUUAAUAGAAGAAUUUCUGUAGUUGGAUUUGGUUUAUAUGGAUCUAUUCAUGGUCCCACAGAUUAUCAAGUGAAUAUACAGAUUAUUGAAUAUGAAAAAAAACAAACUUUGGGACAAAAUGAUACUGGAUUUAGUUGCGAUGGGACCUCUAAUACAUUCAGGGUCAUGUUCAAAGAACCGAUAGAGAUCCUGCCCAAUGUGUGCUACACAGCCUGCGCAACACUGAAAGGUCCAGAUUCCCACUAUGGCACAAAAGGAUUGAAGAAAGUAGUGCAUGAAACACCUACUGCUAGCAAGACUGUUUUUUUCUUUUUUAGUUCUCCUGGCAAUAAUAAUGGCACAUCAAUAGAAGAUGGACAAAUACCAGAAAUAAUAUUUUAUACAUAAUUUAGCAUUAGGAUACAUCUUGGCUAAAUAGAACCAUACCUUCUAGUCUCAAAGACAUAAAUAACUGGUCACAAAAAAUAGUUUGAGUGUUAUGAAUAUUUAUCAUUUUAAGAAACAUUUUAGUUUCUUAGAGGAAAUAGAAAAAUGUUGACUUACUCUGCAUGAUUUAAAGGCAGAUUUUCCAUUUUCUUAUAUCCUGAGAUGAAACGAGAACUGGAUUUAAUUUUUAAAAACAAAAAGCAGCUAUUUCAAUGUUCUCUUGCAUAAUUUCAUAGAUCAACUGAUUCGUGAUCUUUUGAUAGUUUUAUAAGUGAAAGAUUCACAUAUAUAGCUGCUUUGUUCUGGUUUAAAGUAUUUCGAAGGUUAGAUGAGGUGAGAUGGGUCACUUCCUACAGAAUUCAUAUGAACUCAAAUAACUAAUGCCAGAGAAUUAAGAAAACUGACUUUUUAUAUUUGGAGUUUGGAAAUAUUGAACAAAUGUGAAGAAAUAAUCUGGUUGUUAGCAUUUGAAAUAGAGCUAAAAAUAGGCCUAAUAAACAACUAAGAAAACUUUCAGUGCAUUUACAGAAAAGGAUAUUUUGUAAUAGUAUAGUAAUCUGUUAAACAGUACAGUUUUAAAAUACAAAUGGAGUUUGUAUAAAUUCACAAUAAUGUGAUAUAAACAGGAUCUAAAGGAUAGUCUAAGACUGGAUUCUUUAUCACUAAACUGCAUCACUGUACCUGUCUAUCUGUAUGGGGCUGCUGCUGGUAACUCCCGAGAUUGAGAUAUUGGUGAUGAUGAUGGUGGUGGUAAGUGGGUAUACAAACAUCAGUUCAACCUUGUGGUGAUAAUCUUAACAAAAAGAAACAGAAUAAAAUAUUAACAUAUUUCUAACAAUUUUGACAUUUUAAAGAUACCCAACAGAAUCACUCUUGAAAAGUAUGCUUUCUGUCACAUACACAAUUCUGUCCAAGAAUUAAAAUGUUGAAUGUUUAUGGCAUCAUUAAUAUCACUAGUGCAACUGUAUUAGGAGAUAAGUAAAUCUGGCAGAAUGACAUUUAUACUUUUUUAUAAAGCAAAUUAUUUUAUAUAAAUGAAAUAACAUCGCUUUUUUCCCUUGAAAUGAUUACCUUAUGAAAACCUUAAGUGUCAUUAAGUUUAAGGUAUAUCCCAUAGUCGUGGAAGAUGUUUAAAACUCAAAAUUCUUUUAAGUAUCUACUUAAAGAGAAUUUUUUUCUAAAUAAUAGUAAUUAGGAUAUUUUAAAAAAUUUCAUCCUAAGUAAUAUUUCAUUUUAUUUCACCUUAUUUUCAAGAAGGUAGUGAAAUGUGUGGAUAGCAGGUGUCUCUUGAAAUUGUUAAAGAAAAGGGAUACUUUUCUAUCUCUGGUACCAGUGAUCUUAUGGAUAUAAACCUCAGUUAACUGGAAUAGCUGUCGAACUUGUGGUUCUGAUUAACUGAAGAUUAACCAGCAAACACUCUGUAGCAACCAGUAUGGAAGACACGUCUGCCAGUGAGUAUGGUGUACCAGAGAUAAGUUAAUUUUUUUGACAUUUGAGACAUUUCAAAUGCCUCAAAUAUGAUAUACUGAACAACAAUGACUGUAACUUAGUGUAGCCAUAGAGGAUACGCUGGGACAGCCCCUGGAGGUAUUUUUUUUUUUUUUUUUAA